CCAGACUCUUGAGUGGUUUUUUUAACACCAAAGAUCCCUGAAGCUUAUUCUUUUCUAGUUAACAUAAUGAAGCUGCUCAACUGGACACCUUCCCCUGUGGAAUUCAUCCUCUGACUGCUGACUCCCACCCAUAACUGCUGCUCCCUAUGGAUGACCGCCUGACAAAGGAGACAAGGAAAGCACCUCCCGCUAGGAUGCUCACCCUGGAAAAUUUCAUCAGGAAAGAGCCGAAGACUAUCCAGGGAUACCCCAUAGUCUGUGCCUUUUCACACAACUGGGAGAGAAUAGAGAAGUUCCAGUGGAGGCCGGAUGACAUUGUGAUUGCCACUUAUCCAAAAUCUGGUACCACCUGGAUUUGUGAGAUUGUGGAUAUGAUUCAAAAUGACGGUGACAUUGAAAAAUGUAGUCGAAAUGCCAUUACCGAAAAAGUUCCAAUGUUGGAAUUGUUUGUCCCAGGACUGAGGAUUACAGGCACAGAGGCAUUAGAGAAGAUGCCAUCACCCCGCCUUAUCAAGACCCAUCUGCCAACUGAUCUGCUUCCCAAGGAUUUCUGGAAAAACAACUGCAAGAUAAUUUACAUGGCAAGAAAUGCCAAAGAUGUUGCAGUUUCAUAUUACCAUUUUGACUUGAUGAAUAAAUUAGAACCUUACCCAAACUCAUGGGCAGAAUACCUGGAGAAGUACAUGACUGGGAAAGUAUCCUAUGGCUCCUGGUUUGCCCAUGUAAAGAGCUGGUGGAAUAAAAAGGAAGAUUACCCUAUGCUCUAUCUGUUCUAUGAAGAUAUGAAAAAGAACCCUAAGAAAGAAAUCGAGAAGGUGGUGCAGUUCCUGGGGAAAAAAGUAGAUCAAGCAGUCUUGGAGAAGAUCGUCCAUCAUACCUCAUUUGAAAUGAUGAAAAGCAAUCCCUUGUUAAACUUCACAAAUAUAUCAAGUAAAAUGAUGGAUCACAGUAUCUCCUCUCACAUGCGGAAGGGGAUUGUUGGUGACUGGAAGAAUUACUUCACCGUGGCCCAAAAUGAAAUAUUUGAUGCAAUAUAUGAGAAGGAAAUGGCCAAAACCACACUAAAGUUCUGUACAGAGGUCUAGGGCGACCUGACUCUCAAA